UAGAAUUUGUAUUUUCCAUCAAACAAAGUAAAUUGUGACAUUUGCGAAAAAGACAUAACAAAAUAAGUAAAGAUAUUUUGCCAACAAUCCAACAUGGAUAUUUGCGUAAACUGUUUUUCUGAUGGUGUAUAAUCUGGAGAACAUAAAAUAACUGAUGACUAUAAUAUUAUAAAUAAACUAAAUUACCCUCUAAUAACCGAAGAUUGGAGUUGUGAAGAAGAACUCCUUUUAUUCGAAGGAUUAGAAAGAUUUGGAUUUGGAAAUUGGGCAGAUUUAUCGGAUCAUAUAGGAAGUGAUAAAACAAAAGACGAAAUAGAAAAACAUUAUGAAUAAUAUCAUUUAGAUUAAUAAAACAAAUAAUUUUAUCCUAAAUAUGGUAUUAAGGUUCUAGUCUAGAAAAAGAAACUAAAGAUUCAUUGA